AUGAACAAUCCCACAGUAACAGAGUGGAACUUGCCUCUCAGUCGAUCGGACUUCGACAAGCUCGUGAAGGGCUUCAAUUCCGAGUUCCGAAGAUCAUGGGUCGGUGACUUGUAUUUUAUACUAGAGGUUGCUGCUGACCACCCUAGCGGUCAUGAUCCCGCCAUUAAGACAAUAAUCUGGGAAUCGCUUGCCGAGGAAGACUACCAACUUACCGUCGCCACGGCCAAGGACGCAGUGGUCCAUAUCUCCAGGGCAUAUAUGGAGUGCGAGAUCGAAGCAUACCCGAAGAUCGACUGGAAGACGACAUGGGAAGUCGCGCCUCUAUUGGAGAAAGCUGGAAGUGAAGUCGAAACGGAUUGA